UGCGUAACAGUACGUUUGUUAAAACACUUAUCUGUGUAGAUGUGUCCUAUCUAGAUAUCAGUACGCUGAAACUACUGACCGUAUUUAAUUUUUCAUAUUUCAUGUUUCUUCGCAAAUUCAAAUAUUAUAUCAUUUGAUAAUCUAGCAAAGCAAACUAGACAGGGUUACGGUUCACAAGUAUGUCAGUGUUGCCCCGCGGGUACGAAUGCUGCCGUGCUCCUCCGAGGUACGGCUGUGUUCGCGGAGAGUACAGCAUCUACUACAAGAGGCCACGGUGCGGCCAGCCCAGGCCACAGCCCUUCCAGCGAGAGUGCGCCUGCUACUACUGGGGAUGUCCUAGCAACGCACCAUGUGAGAGGCCGUGCUGUUACGACUACCCUUGCAAGGCUCACUGUUUCAACCACGGUGCGUGCACGAGGCCCAGCGGCCGGUACGCGCGCACUGUCUGGUACCCCGGCGAGUGCUGCCCCGUCGUGCCGCCCUGCCAGGCCUUCACGUGCCCCAACCCGCCCUACCAUCCCUGCUGCUACCACACUUGCAACAAACACGUCUAAUGUCUAAAUAAUAAAUCAACCUCGGAAGGUUUUUAAAACAAGCAACUGUUGGAUUAGCAGUCAGAGGUUCUCUAAACAAAAUUCGGGAGCAAGGAGGCCUCCAUUAUAGGAAGACCUUGUUUUAAUGCCUGAGAGUGUUAUUUUUUUGCAAGCUGUAGAACUUGCAAAAGCAGUCGUUCCCAAGUCCUUGAUUUAAAGCUCUCCCGAAAGCUUCAAAUUCAAGGAAUACUCAAUGUUUUUCGUAAGUUCGUGGAAAUGCAGUCCUGAUGUCGUACUUGUGAAUCGUAAACUGUGUUGUCCAAAAUAAAUGAGAUACAUAGCAUUUA